ACUUCAUCAAGAAAGAGAACACAUUUAAAGCCAAGCCAAGUAGCUAUACUUCAAGAAACAUUUGUGUCCAACACACUUCCGGACGCUAAUCAUCGAUGUAGACUUGCCCUAGAGCUGGGUGUGAGUGAACGGACUAUUCAGAUCUGGUUCCAAAACCGAAGGGCAAAAGCUCGUAAAUUAGAAUCAGUUGGUACUUUAGUAUCUAAUGUUAGAACAGGUUGGGUUGAUAUACCUUCAAAACAAAUGAACAACAAUACUACCUUUAGGACUUGUAUGACUCCUGAAUACUUUGAAGCUGACACUAUGAUUAAACGCCGACCACGAUCUAGUUCUAAACCAGAAAGAGCAACUUCAUUCUCAUUAUUACCUCAAAGGGCUAUGUCUGAGAGUCAAGUUGGGAAAAAUAAAAUGAUAGAACAAGAAAGUAAGCAAAAGUCACUCAUUUCAUUCACUGUUGAAGGUAUACAUGUCGGUACAUGGACAAGGUUCAGUAGGCGUACUACUACUACUACUACUACUACUACUACAAAUGAAUGGGAUCUCUUUUGCUUCAGUGAUAUUAUCCAGCAACAAUUGAUUUGGCAAAUACAUGACGGCGGCCAUCAAUUCAGAAUUGAGGUUGCCUUUGACAAUAUACAAGAAAUUAAAUUAGGUCAACGACAACUCUAUUUCGAGAUCAAGUCGCCUGCAUUAGUAUCAUUUUCUAUGCUUAGAAAUAAUGUUGAUUCUGAUUGGGUUAGAUGUAAUGACUUUACUGAAAACCAACAAGCAAGUGACUCUCAAUCACAUACCCUUCAAGGUUCUGAUGAGUUACUGCGACAAUCCUUAUUAGAGCUUAUGGCACAAGCCCCAGAAUUGGCUUCAAAAUUAGUGAUUGCACAGCCAAGUUAUCGUGACUUGACAAUCUCGCCUUUAACUACACCUGAA